CGCCCAAUCACUCGAGCCCGGGGCUCGUCUUGAGCGCGAAGGCCCGCCUUUUCGCCGGCUCGGGCCCCUCCUUCCUUCCUCCCCUCGGCCGGCCAGGCGGGGCAGCGAGAGCCGCCUCCACGUCCUUCUCCUCGGCGCCGGCUUCCCUCAUGGACCUCCUGGAGCGGCUGUGCAGCGGCCCUGACGGAGCCCCUGCGCCCUUUUGGGACUGGAACUUGACGUGGAACACGCCGCGCCCGGACUUCACCCCGUGCUUCCAAAACACGGUCCUGGCCUGGACCCCCUGCGCCUUCCUCUGGGCCUGCUUCCCCUUCUAUGCCUUCUUCCUCCGGCGCCAUGACAAGGGCUACAUCCAGAUGUCCCGUCUCAACAAAGCCAAGACGGCCUUGGGCUUCUUGCUGUGGAUCGUCUGCUGGGCAGACCUCUUCUACUCUUUCUGGGAAAGAAGUCGCAAUAUUUACCAGGCCCCGGUUUACUUGGUCAGCCCGACCAUCCUGGGCAUCACGAUGCUCCUUGCCACCUUUUUGAUACAAUACGAGAGGAUGAAAGGGGUGCAGUCUUCAGGGAUCAUGUUGCUCUUCUGGCUCAUUGCCCUCCUUUGCGCCUCCGUGACGUUCAGGUCCAAGAUUCUGCAGGCCUCCGACGCGGUGAAAGGCUUUGACGUCUUCCGCUGCAUCACCUUCUUCCUCUACUUUGCCUUGGUGCUGACCGAGCUGGUCUUGUCCUGUUUCCCCGAACGGCCGCCUUUGUUUUCGGAGACGGUCCACGACCCGAAUCCCUGUCCAGAGUCCAACGCCUCUUUCCUCUCCAAGAUCACCUUCUGGUGGAUCACCGGCUUGAUGGUCCAGGGCUAUCGGCGGCCCUUAGAAGAGCGGGACCUGUGGUCCCUGAACAAGGAGGACACGUCCGAAGAAGUGGUGCCCGGUUUGGCCAGGAAUUGGGCCAAGGAGUACGCCAAGAGUAGGAGGCUGCCCAUGCUGUACUCGCCCAAGAAGGCCCCCAAAGGGGGGGUCUCCAGCACAGAGGCCAUGGCGGCGGAGGAGGCGGAGGCCCUGAUCCUGCGCCCGGCGCAGCGGGACAAGAAACCCUCGCUCUCCAAGGUCCUCUACAAGACCUUUGGGCCCUACUUCCUCAUGAGCUUCCUCUUCAAGGCCUUUCACGACCUCAUGAUGUUCGCGGGACCCGAAAUCCUCAAGCGCCUGAUCAUCUUUGUGAGUGACCAGAGCGCCCCCAACUGGCAGGGCUACUUCUACACAGCCCUCCUCUUCCUCUCCGCCGGACUCCAGACCCUCGUCCUCCACCAGUACUUCCACAUCUGCUUUGUGACCGGGAUGCGGCUCAAGACGGCCGUCAUCGGAGCCAUUUACCGCAAGGCCUUGGUCAUCACACAUUCCGCCAGGAAGAGCUCCACCGUCGGGGAGAUCGUCAACCUGAUGUCGGUCGAUGCCCAGCGGUUUAUGGACCUGGCCACAUACAUCAACAUGGUCUGGUCCGCCCCUCUCCAGGUCAUCCUGGCCCUCUACUUGCUCUGGCAGAAUUUAGGCCCCUCGGUGCUGGCCGGCGUGGCGGUCAUGCUGUUGUUGGUCCCAGUGAAUGCGGUCAUCGCCAUGAAGACCAAAACCUAUCAGGUGGCGCACAUGAAGAGCAAGGACAACCGGAUCAAGCUGAUGAACGAGAUCCUCAACGGGAUCAAGGUGCUCAAGCUCUACGCCUGGGAGCUGGCCUUCAAGGAGAAGGUGCUGGGCAUCCGGAAGGAGGAGCUGCGGGUGCUGAAGAAGUCCGCCUACCUGGCCGCCAUCGGGACCUUCACCUGGGUCUGCGCCCCCUUCCUGGUGGCCCUGUCCACGUUUGCUGUCUACGUCUCAGUCUCGGAGAAGAACGUGCUGGACGCCCAGAAGGCCUUUGUCUCGCUGGCCCUCUUCAACAUCCUCCGCUUCCCGCUCAACAUCCUCCCGAUGGUCAUCAGCAGCAUCGUGCAAGCCAGUGUGUCCCUGAAGCGCCUCCGCAUCUUCCUGUCCCACGAAGAGCUGGACCCGGACAGCAUCGUCAGAGGAUCCGCCAAAGACACAAACGGCAACAGCAUCACAGUGAGGAAUGCGACCUUUAGCUGGUCAAGAAGCGACCUUCCAUGUUUGAACAACAUCAACUUUGCGGUCCCGGAGCACCGCUUGGUGGCCGUGGUGGGGCAGGUCGGUUGCGGGAAAUCCUCCUUGCUGUCGGCGCUUCUGGGGGAGAUGGAGAAGCGAGAGGGACUCGUCUCCCUCAAGGGAUCCGUUGCUUACGUCCCGCAGCAGGCCUGGAUCCAGAAUGCCACUCUGAAGGAGAACAUUCUGUUUGGGAGAGAAGCCCGGGAGCGGCAAUACAACUGCGUGGUCGAGGCCUGCGCUCUUCUGCCAGACCUGGAGGUCCUUCCUUCGGGCGACCAGACUGAGAUCGGGGAGAAGGGUGUGAACCUCUCCGGAGGCCAGAAGCAGAGGGUCAGCCUCGCUCGGGCCGUCUAUUCAGAUGCCGAUAUCUACCUGAUGGACGAUCCUUUGUCGGCCGUAGACGCUCAUGUCGGGAGGCACAUUUUCGAGAAGGUCAUUGGACCGAAGGGGAUCCUGAAGAAGAAGACCCGGAUCCUGGUGACGCACGGGGUCAGUUACCUGCCGGUGGUGGACACCAUUAUCGUGCUGUCGGAGGGCAAGGUCUCGGAGAUGGGCUCCUACCAGGAGCUGCUCCAGCGGGACGGGGCCUUCGCGGAGUUCCUGCGGACCUUCGCAAGUGCAGAGCAGACCCGGGAGAGCGAUGGCGCAAACAGUCCGGCCGCCAAGGAGGAAAAACACCUCGAAAACGGAAUCCUUGCCAACGACGGACCCGGGAAUCCCCUGCACAGGCAGCUCAGCAACUCCUCCACGUUCAGCGGUGAAGCGGGGAAGACCCUUUCGCAAAACAGCACGACCGAACUGCAGAAAGCCCCGGCGGCGGCAGCAACGGAGAAGAGCGCCUGGAAGCUCACGGAGGCCGAUACGGCCAAAACCGGGAAGGUGAAGCCGAGGGUCUACUGGGAGUACAUGAAGGCCACUGGCCUCUGGCUGGCCCUCCUGAGCCUCCUGCUCUUCCUCUGCAACCACGUGGCCUCCCUGGCCUCCAACUACUGGCUCAGUCUGUGGACCGACGACCCCGUUAUCAACGGGACCCAGCAGAACACCGACCUCCGCCUGGCCGUCUAUGGGGCCCUGGGAUUCUCCCAAGGGGUGGCGGUGUUUGGCUACUCGAUGGCGGUCUCGGUGGGAGGCCUGCUGGCCUCGCGGCGCCUGCACCUGGGCCUCUUGCACAGCGUUCUGCGCUGCCCCAUGGGCUUCUUCGAGCGCACGCCCAGCGGGAACCUGGUCAACCGCUUCUCCAAGGAGAUCGACACCAUCGACUCCAUGAUCCCGCAGAUCAUCAAGAUGUUCAUGGGCUCCCUCUUCAACGUGGUGGGCGCCUGCGUGGUCAUCCUCCUGGCCACCCCGCUGGCUGCCGUCGCCAUCCCCCCCUUGGCCCUGGUCUACUUCUUCGUCCAGCGCUUCUACGUGGCGACCUCUCGGCAGCUGAAGCGCCUGGAAUCGGUCAGCCGCUCCCCGGUGUAUUCACAUUUCAACGAGACCCUGCUUGGAGUCAGCGUCAUCCGGGCCUUUGCCGAGCAGCAGCGGUUCGUCCGGCAGAGCGACCUCAAGGUGGACCAGAACCAGAAGGCCUAUUACCCCAGCAUCGUGGCCAACAGGUGGCUGGCCGUGCGGCUGGAGUCGGUGGGCAACUGCAUUGUCCUCUUUGCUGCCCUCUUUGCGGUCAUUGCUCGCCACGUCCUCAGCCCUGGCCUCGUGGGCCUCUCCAUCUCCUACUCCCUGCAGAUCACCACCUACUUGAACUGGUUGGUGCGCAUGUCCGCCGAGAUGGAGACCAACAUUGUGGCCGUGGAGCGGGUCAAGGAGUACUCCGAGAAGGAGCAGGAGGCGGAGUGGCGCUUGCCGGGGGCCCCUAUUCCGGAGGGCUGGCCCCAGGAGGGCCGGGUGGAGUUUCGAGGCUACAGCCUGCGCUACAGAGACGACAUGGACCUGGUCCUGAGGAACAUCACCAUCACCAUCAGCGGAGGAGAGAAGGUGGGCAUCGUGGGCCGGACCGGGGCCGGCAAGUCCUCCCUGACGCUGGGCCUCUUCCGGAUCAACGAAGCAGCCGAAGGGCAGAUCCUCAUCGACGGGGUCGACAUCGCCAGCAUUGGGCUGCACGACCUUCGCUUCAAGGUGACCAUCAUCCCGCAGGACCCCGUCCUGUUCUCGGGCUCCCUGCGCAUGAACCUGGACCCCUUUGAGCAGUAUUCGGACGAGGAGGUCUGGCGCUCGCUGGAGUUGGCCCACCUCAAGGCCUUCGUCUCCGCGCUUCCAGACAAGCUGCUCCACGAAUGCGCCGAAGGAGGAGAGAACCUCAGCGUGGGUCAGCGGCAGCUGGUGUGCCUCUCGCGUGCGCUGCUGCGCAGAUCCAAGAUCCUGGUGCUGGACGAAGCCACGGCCGCCGUAGACCUGGAGACGGACUGCCUGAUCCAGGCCACCAUCCGGAGGCAGUUCGAGGGAUGCACCGUCCUCACCAUCGCCCACCGGCUCAACACCAUCAUGGACUACACACGGGUCAUCGUCCUGGAGCGGGGAGAGAUUGUGGAGUGCGGGGCCCCGGGGGCCCUCCUCCAGGCCAAGGGCCCCUUCUACAGCAUGGCCAGAGACGCCGGCUUGGUCUGACCACUGCCUCACCCUUGGGCCCGGGCCGGCUGCCGGAUGGACGGACAGAUCCGUUUUGGAGGACCCCAACUGGCCUCUUGAGAAAGAAGGCCCCCUUUGCUCCUCUCAAGGUCCGUGCCUCCUGCGGCCAAAGUCUGGACAGUUUCACUUCCGUCUCGUUGGUCAAGCUUGCAAGACCAAACUGCAUUUUGCACCGAAAAGGACAAAACAUCCCAGUGGGGAAAAAAGCCUUAAGAGUUUCCAUCUCCGAACAAAAGGCUCGUCUUUGCCCAAACAGAUUGAGCCAAAGAUGCAACUGGGAUACUUGUUUCAUCCAAUUGCCUUUAAAUAGCUUUAUCUCAGAGGCCAAAGAUGCCAGAAGCAACUCAAGGCUUUCCUUGUCUCCAAAAGGUCAUUCAUUUCCCGUAUUUUUCUUUUACUCAUCCUUCCCUGGUUCUGUUUUGGGAGAGGAUUUGCGACACCUUCGGAUCGAAAGUAACGGUGGACUUGGGACACUUUUUUAAAAAACAAAAACAAACCUUUAGGACUUGUGUCUUUUUCCUUAGAAUAAAAGUUAUUUAUUUAUAUUUUA